AUGGAUUCUCAAUUCCCCGUUGAAGAAGACUACAACAAUUCUGUUGACUCUUAUUCUGUCACUAUUAAUGGCUUUAUUUUCUGUACCCGCCAUGGUCUUGAAGUCUGUGAUAAAUGUCCCACUGACAAUCGUUCUGCUAACAACAUGAUGGUGGAGGAUAUGCUCCAUGAAAGACUUACUGAAGAAGAAUAUAAUACCAAAUGGAAGGGAGAUGAUCGUGAACCUUUCUCAGUUGCCCACAAGUGGACCCGUGUAUCAAAAGGCAAGCCCGGCUGCAUGGCUCAUAAGCAAGUGGCAUGCGAAGAGUGUUUCAAUUGGGGUGAACAACUGUAUCGUGGCAUUCACGGAGGUCGCAAGCCUAGAGUAUCUCGCUUAGGACGCAAGAGUCGUGAUCAUACUGUUGAUGAACGUAUUGAAUAA